GAGAGACUAGCCGGGGCCGCACGCCAGCUCCAGGGGCCACACUGCACAGUACAAGGAGCAACUUUAGCACAACUGUGCCAAUUGAAUCCAGGAGGAGGUGGAAUUUGGACAUCUAUCACAGGUCUUGACAACCCUGUUCUCUUCAAGAGUUGACUUAUCCCAGUGCACACUUUGCCAUUGACGCACUGAACUUGUGGUGAAGAAAUCCAACCAGGACCGCCAUGAUGAGCAACAACUACAGCGAGGAGCCACAGUACUACCAGGCCGCCGACUUUGUCGGGGAGGAGGACGAUGAGAUGCCAGCAACAGAGAAGGAUCUGGCCGAGGACGCGCCAUGGAAGAAGAUCCAGCAGAACACGUUCACCCGGUGGUGCAACGAGCACCUGAAGUGUGUCAACAAGACCAUCGGUGACCUGCAGCGUGACUUCAGUGAUGGCCUGAAGCUCAUCUGGCUUCUGGAGGUGCUUAGCCAGAAGAAAAUGUACAGAAAGUACCACAGCAGGCCUAACUUUCGCCAAAUGAAGCUGGAGAAUGUCUCCGUAGCACUGGAGUUCCUGGACCGGGAGCACAUCAAACUGGUGUCUAUUGAUAGCAAAGCCAUCGUUGAUGGGAAUCUAAAGCUUAUCCUGGGUCUUAUCUGGACUCUCAUCCUGCACUACUCUAUAUCUAUGCCAAUGUGGGAUGACGAGGACGAUGAGGAGACAAAGAAGAUGACGCCCAAACAGCGUCUGCUUGGCUGGAUCCAGAACAAAGUGCCUCAGCUGCCAAUCAACAACUUCAACCGCGACUGGAGGGAUGGCAAAGCCCUUGGAGCUUUGGUGGAUAAUUGCGCUCCAGGUUUGUGUCCUGAUUGGGCCGAGUGGGACCCCAACCAGCCUGUGGAAAAUGCAAGAGAAGCCAUGCAGCAGGCGGAUGAUUGGCUUGGUGUGCCUCAGGUUAUUGCACCUGAAGAGAUAGUGGAUCCAGAUGUAGAUGAGCACUCUGUGAUGACCUACCUGUCACAGUUCCCCAAAGCCAAGCUGAAGCCAGGAGCCCCUCUCAAACCCAAACAGCUAUUCCCUCACAAGGCCAAAGCCUAUGGACCAGGUAUUGAGCCUCAUGGUAACAAGGUGCUUCACCCUGCUGUUUUCACUGUGGAUACUAUUGAAGCGGGCAGUGGUGAGGUCCUAGUCUAUGUGGAGGAUCCCGAGGGACACAAAGAAGAGGCCAAGGUGAAACCUAACAAAGACAAAAACCGAACCUACACAGUCACUUAUAUUCCUAAAGUUGAAGGUCUUCACAAGGUUAAGGUGUUAUUUGCUGGCCAGGACAUUGACAAGAGCCCCUAUUCAGUGAAUGUGGCAAAGGACAUGGGUGACCCCAGUAAAGUGCAUGCCAGGGGACCCGGUCUAGAACGCACAGGCAACAUAGCCAACAAACCCACUUAUUUUGACAUCUUCACAGCCGGUGCUGGCAAUGGCGACAUCAGCGUGGUCAUUGUUGAUCCACAGGGUAAAAAUGACACAGUGGAAAUCAUUCUGGAAAACAAAGGCGACAGUGUGUUCCGAUGUACCUAUCGCCCUGUGAUUGAGGGUCCUCAUGCCAUCCAUGUGCUGUUUGGCGGCCAAGAGAUCCCAAAGAGCCCAUUCCCUGUCAACAUCGCAGAAGCACCUCCUGUUGCUCCUCCCAUGGGGGCGCCAUUGCAGAUAAUCCCUCAGUCAGUGCUCACUCCUCCUGGAACUAAAGGGCCCCCACCUAAAAAACCUGUUCGGCCAACCAUCAAUCCAAACGCCUGCAGAGCUACCGGCAGAGGCCUUCAGCCUAAGGGUGUGAGAGUAAAGGAGGUUGCAGACUUCAAAGUUUUCACCAAGGGAGCUGGCAGUGGAACAUUGAACGUCUCGGUCAAAGGGCCCACUGGGGUGCAGGAACAAGUGAAAGUGCGAGAUACAGGAAAUGGAGUGUAUGAGUGCGAGUAUUACCCCCUCAAACCGGGUAAAUAUACAGUCAGCAUAAUGUGGGGAAAUCAGCCCAUCCCUCGCAGUCCAUUUGAAGUAGAGGUAGGACCGGAGGCAGGUUUCCAGAAGGUGAGGGCUUGGGGUCCUGGUCUGAAGACAGGGAUGGUGGGAAAAUCUGCUGACUUUGUGGUUGAGGCCAUCGGCACAGAUGUUGGGACUCUGGGCUUCUCCAUCGAAGGACCCUCUCAGGCUAAGAUCGAGUGUGACGACAAGGGUGAUGGCUCCUGCGAUGUCCGCUACUGGCCCACUGAACCUGGCGACUACGCUGUCCAUGUAAUUUGUGAUGACGAGGACAUCAAGGACAGCCCCUUCAUGGCCCAUAUCCUCCCUGCUGCCAAUGACACCUUCCCAGAGAAGGUGAAAGCCUUUGGGCCGGGCCUGCAGCCAAAUGGCGUUACUGUAAACAAGCCAACUGAAUUUACUAUUGAUGCACGCAUGGCUGGGAAGGGUCCACUCUCCAUCUAUGCCCAGGAUGCCGAAGGCUGCACAAUCAACAUCAAAGUCAAUGACAAAGGCGAUGGAACAUAUCUGUGCACUUAUACUCCCACCAAGCCUAUUAAACACACCAUCAUCAUCGCCUGGAGUGGUGUAAAUGUGCCCAACAGCCCCUUUAGGGUGCAGGUCGGAGAGGGUUGUCAUCCAGACAGGGUCAAGGUCUAUGGGCCCGGAGUGGAGAAGACGGGCCUCAAGGCUAAUGAGCCAACAUACUUCACUGUGGACUGCAGUGAGGCUGGUCAAGGUGACAUCAGCAUAGGAAUCAAGUGUGCCCCAGGGGUGGUUGGCCCUGCCGAGGCAGACAUCGACUUUGACAUCAUCAAGAAUGACAAUGACACCUUUACUGUCAAGUACACUCCCCCGGGAGCAGGUCGCUACACCAUCAUGGUGCUCUUUGCUGACCAGGAAAUUCCCAUCAGUCCAUUCAAAGUCAAAGUUGAUCCCUCUCAUGAUGCUGGAAAGGUGAGGGCAGAAGGCCCUGGACUCAACAAGACAGGAGUGGAGGUGGGCACGCCAACCCACUUUACAAUCUAUACAAAAGGAGCAGGCAAAGCCAAGCCAGAAGUGCGCUUCGCAGCCUCAGGCCCAGGAGAGGUCGUCCGUGACUUUGAGAUAAUCGAUAACCAUGAUUACUCCUACACAGUCAAAUACACCGCUCUUCAACAGGGCAACAUGGCAAUCACGGUCACUCAUGGAGGGGAUCCCAUCCCCAAAAGCCCCUUCCAUAUCACAGUGGCUCCGCAGCUGAACAUUGGAAAAGUCAAAGUUGAGGGUUUAGACACCAAAGUGGAAGUGGGACGGGACCAAGAAUUCACAGUGAACACAAAGGGUGCCGGCGGGCAGGGCAAUGUAGGCGUGAAGAUGACCUCACCCACCGGCCGACCAAUUCCGUGCAAGCUGGAAUCGGACAAAGCCAAAGGCAUUCACAAUGUGAAGUACAUCCCCCCGGAGGAGGGGCAAUACAAGGUGGAUGUCAGCUAUGAUGGAAACCCCGUCAUGGGAAGCCCCUUUGGGUUGGAAGCUGUGAUGCCUGCUGAUCCCUCAAAGGUCCGAGCAUUUGGCCCUGGACUUCAGGGCGGUAUUGUAGGCAAACCGGCUCCAUUCACUAUCGACACAAAGGGAGCGGGAGCAGGUGGACUAGGCCUGACAGUGGAGGGUCCUUGUGAGGCCAAAAUUGAGUGCCAAGACAAUGGCGACGGAACAUGCUCAGUAGCCUACUUGCCCACCGAAGCUGGAGAGUACAACAUCAACAUUCUGUUCGCGGAGCAGCACAUCCCGGGCUCUCCUUUCAAGGCAGCAGUGCGACCAGCCUUUGAUCCCAGCAAGGUCACGGCCAGUGGUCCAGGCUUGGAAAGGGCCAAGGCGGGUGAGUCGGCCACCUUCACCGUGGACUGCACACGGGCUGGCGAUGCCGAGCUUAGCAUCGAAAUUAUCUCGGACACCGGGGCGAAGGCUGAAGUGCACAUCCAGAAAACGGCAGAGGGAACGUUCUCCGUCACAUACAUCCCACCGUUCCAUGGCGCGCACACCAUUACCAUCAAAUAUGGGGGUCAUAUGAUCCCCCACUUCCCCAAGGUUCUGCAAGUGGACCCCUCUGUGGACACCAGUGGGGUGCACGUCUACGGGCCUGGAGUAGAGCCUCGAGGAGUCCUUAGAGAAGUCACUACCCAUUUUAUUGUGGACGCCCGGGCUCUAAACAAGGUUGGAGGAAAUCACGUGAAGGCUCGCAUUGUUAACCCCUCGGGCACCACCACAGAAGGCUACAUCACCGACAAAGGUGACGGCACCUAUAGAGUGGAGUACACGCCCUUUGAAGAUGGCAUGCAUCUGAUCGAGGUACUUUAUGAUGACGUACCUGUACCCAAGAGUCCCUUCAGAGUGUCAGUAAUGGAAGGAUGCGAUCCCACCCGGGUGAGGGCCUAUGGACCUGGUCUGGAGGGAGGAAUAACCAACAAGCCAAACUGCUUUACUGUGGAGACCAGGGGUGCUGGAACUGGAGGCUUGGGCCUGACCAUUGAGGGAGCUUCUGAGGCCAAAAUAUCAUGUAAAGACAAUAAAGAUGGAAGCUGCAGUGUGGAGUAUGUCCCCUUCACUCCUGGCGACUAUGACGUCAACAUCAAUUAUGGCGGCCACCCCAUCCCCGGUAGUCCCUUCAAGGUGCCAGUCAAGGACCCCGUUGACCCCAGCAAAGUCAAGUGCUCCGGUCCUGGCCUGGGUUCAGGAGUGAGAGCGCACAUCCCUCAAACGUUCACUGUGGACUGCACUCAGGCCGGACAAGCUGCAUUGGAUGUCAAACUCUUUGGGCCAACAGGUACCAUGGAGCCAGUGGGAGUUAAAAACAAUGGUGAUGGAACCCACACGGUUCACUACACCCCAGCUCAAGAUGGACCGUACACUGUGGCAGUCAAAUAUGCAGACCAGGAGGUCCCACAUAGCCCAUUCAAAGUGAUGUCUCAGCCUGGGCACGACGCCAGUAAGGUGCGAGCCAGCGGGCCGGGUCUGGACAGCAAAGGCGUGUCAGCCAGCCUCCCUGUGGAGUUCACCAUUGAUGCUCGCGAUGCCGGCGAGGGGCUGCUCACUGUGCAAAUUCUGGACCCUGAGGGCAAGCCAAAGAAUGCAAGCAUCCAGGACAACAGAGAUGGCACUUACACCGUGUCCUAUGUACCUGACUCUAUCGGCCCGUACACCAUCACCAUCAAAUAUGGAGGCGAUGAGAUUCCGUACUCCCCCUACCGGAUUCAGUCGAAUCCUACAGGAGAUGCCAGCAAGUGUCGGGUCACAGUGUCCAUAGGAGGACAUGGUGUAUCGGGUCUUCAAAAGCUGCAGACCUCAGAGGAUACUGUGAUCACGGUGGACGCGAAAGCUGCUGGUAAGGGCAAGGUGACGUGUAAGGUGUUAACGCCACAAGGGAUGGAGCUGGACAUGGAUGUGGUGGAGAAUCACGACGGGACGUUUGACAUUUACUACACGGCUCCCGAACCUGGCAAAUACGUGAUCACCAUUCGAUUCGGAGGGCAGAACAUCCCCAAGAGCCCCUUUCAUGUGGUGGCCUCAAAUGAACCUGUUGCUCCUCGUGACACUGUGGAUCCACUCUUCAGACCGGUCAACUUCCUUGUGCCUUUCACACCGCAGCAAGGAGAAAUAUCAGGCGAGGUCCGAAUGCCUUCAGGCAAAACGGCAAGGCCACAUAUCACAGAUAAUAAAGAUGGCACCAUCACCAUCAAGUACCAACCAACUGAGAAAGGCCUACAUGAGAUGGACAUCAAAUAUGAUGGCAACCACAUUCCAGGAAGCCCUCUACAGUUCUUUGUGGAUGCUGUGAACAGUGGAGUGGUGUCAGCCUAUGGUCCGGGCUUAAGUUAUGGCAUGGUCAACAAAGCUGCCACCUUUACUGUGGUCACCAAGAAUGCAGGAGAAGGUGGUCUCUCCCUGGCUGUGGAGGGCCCAUCUAAGGCAGAGAUCACCUGCAAGGACAACAAAGACGGCACCUGCACUGUGUCCUACCUGCCCACAGCACCCGGAGACUACAACAUCAUUGUCAAAUUUGACAACAAGCACAUUCCUGGCAGCCCCUUUGUUGCCAAGAUCACCGGGGAUGACACCAUUACCAGAACGUCCCAGCUGAACGUGGGUACUGCCGCUGAUGUGUCGCUCAAGAUCGCUGAAACAGACCUGAGCUCUCUCAGUGCCAGCAUCAGAGCGCCCUCAGGCAAUGAAGAACCCUGCCUGCUCAAGAGGUUGCCCAACAGACACCUUGGUAUCUCAUUUACCCCUAAAGAAGUAGGCGAACACGAAGUCAGUGUGAGGAAGAACGGCGUACAUGUGGCCAAUAGCCCUUUCAAGAUCAUGGUCGGGCAAUCAGAGAUCGGAGAGGCCAGCCGGGUUAAAGCUUUCGGCAAGGGCCUUGUGGAGGCACACACAUUUGAGAUGGCCGAAUUCUUUGUUGAUACCAGGAAUGCCGGUUAUGGUGGGCUGGCACUCUCCAUUGAGGGUCCUAGCAAAGUGGAUAUCAACUGCGAGGAUAUGGAGGACGGAACCUGCAGAGUUACCUAUUGUCCCACAGAACCUGGAAAUUACACCGUAAACAUCAAAUUUGCUGAGAAACACAUCCCAGGAAGUCCGUUCACAGUGAAGGUGACUGGUGAGGGAAGGAUGAAGGAGAGCAUAACCAGAAAGAGGCAGGCGUCUUCUAUUGCUUCGGUGGGAAGCACAUGUGGACUCAACCUGAAGAUUCCAGGAAACUGGUUCCAGAUGGUGUCUGCCCAGGAGAGGCUGACCCGGUCAUUUACCCGCAGCAGCCAUACUUAUACACGCACUGAGCGCACUGAGAUCAGCAAAACCCGUGGAGGCGAAACUAAGCGGGAGGUCCGGGUUGAGGAGAGCACCCAGGUGGGCGGAGGUGGAAGCCCUUUCAGAGACGUCUUCGGAGAUUUCCUGGGCCGGGAGAGCCUUAGCAGCUUUGCUGGCAUAACUGCGAGACCUGAAUCAGCUGAGACGGGCUCGCAAGCCAUGACGGCUCAGGUGACCAGCCCUGGAGGGAAGACAGUGGAUGCAGACAUCGUGGAUGGAGGAAACAGCACCUACAGUGUACGAUUUAUCCCCCACGAGAUGGGACCGCACACUGUAAACGUCAAGUACAGAGGCCAGCAUGUUCCUGGGAGUCCCUUCCAGUUUACCGUGGGGCCCAUGGGGGAGGGUGGUGCACACAAGGUCCGUGCAGGAGGUCCUGGUCUGGAGAGAGGCGUGGCUUCAGCUCCUUCUGAAUUUAGCAUCUGGACCAGAGAAGCCGGCGCCGGUGGGCUGUCCAUUGCUGUAGAGGGGCCGAGCAAGGCGGAAAUUUCCUUUGAGGACAGAAAGGACGGUUCCUGCGGCGUCUCCUACAUUGUUAAGGAACCCGGUGACUACGAGGUGUCAAUUAAGUUCAACAACGAGCACAUCCCUGACAGCCCAUUCAUCGUUCCCAUCGCAACACUGUCAGACGAAGCCCGCAGGCUCACGUUCACAAGCCUGCAGGACAAGGAUUUGAAGGUAAACCAAGAAGCAUCGUUUAUGGUGCAGCGCAACGGGACUCGCGGUGUAGUAGAUGCCAAAGUCCACACCCCUUCUGGUUGUUCCGAGGAGUGUUAUGUCACCGAGUUGGAUGGUGACAAGACCGCCGUGCGCUUCAUUCCGCGGGAGAACGGUGUUCACUCUAUAGACGUCAAGUUCAAUGGCUGCCACAUCCCUGGAAGCCCUUUCAACGUGCGAGUGGGUGACCCGGGACUGAUAGGAGAUCCAGGCAUGGUUACAGCGCAUGGCCCAGGACUUCUUGGUGGAAACACAGGUGUGCCCUCUGAGUUUGUGGUCAACACGUGUAAUGCUGGGCCGGGGACAUUGUCGGUGAACAUAGACGGGCCUUCCAAAGUCAAGAUGGACUGUUGUGAGUGUCCAGAAGGCUACAAAGUCACCUAUAUUCCCAUGGCUCCUGGCAAUUAUCUCAUCACCAUCAAAUAUGGCGGGCCACAGCACAUAGUUGGAAGUCCCUUCAAAGCUAAAGUUACAGGCGCCAGACUGUCGGGUGGCCACAGCCUCCACGAGACGUCAUCCGUCCUAGUGGAAACGGUCACCAAAUCGUCCAAAGUGGGCGGCGGAGGCUUUAGCUCCUCCUCAUCCACCACGGCCGCGUCGUCCAAGCUGACCUCGGACGCAAGCAAGGUGGUCUGCCGUGGAAUGGGCUUGACCAAGGCCAUGGUGGGACAGAAAAACAAUUUCACAGUCGACUGCGGCAAAGCAGGCAGCAAUAUGCUUAUGGUGGGUGUGCAUGGACCGCAUGCUCCGUGUGAAGAGGUAUAUGUGAAGCACAUGGGCAACAAGCUCUACAACGUCACCUACACGAUCAAGGACAAGGGUAGCUAUACCGUCAUUGUCAAAUGGGGUGACGACAACAUCCCGGGGAGCCCGUACAAAGUGUCGACGCCGUAAAAUCAAAGCGCUUCCCACCAAUUCUCUUUAUCAGCAUCAGCCACCUCUACCUACUCCUCACCACUGUCAUUUUGGUGGCUCCCACUUUGGACUGAUAACAAUUAACUGCACUAAAGCUUAAGGAGGGUUCAGUGAGGAACGUGUGUGUGUGUGUGUGUGUGCCAAAUUGUGUGUUCAAUCCAAGACACUGAAAUUACAAAGAAGCAUAAGCACGUCAAAGCAACAAAGUGUGGUUUACGAUUGUGAGUUCCCUUUCUUCCUUUGCUAAUUUGCUAAAGUGUUAUAAUGUAUGUGAAUGUUAAUAGCCAAUGUACUCCACCAUAAUAAAGUGUGGCAUACUUUGGUUUUUGUAUGAUUUAAGAAAGGAACGAUUGCCUUUUUUUUUGUUAUAUUAACCUAUUUUUGCAGACCUAAUAAAGAUUUC